AUGACGCGAUCCAAAGCCACUCUCUCUCCCCGUGAUGCUUUCACAAAGACUAUGCGCGCGAGGGCCCAGUUCGAGUGCACCAACUUCCGAGUGGCCAUGCUCAACGCAACCAAGGCUGAGAAGACCACCACGUCCCGCCGGAACCCCGGUCGCAUGGACGGCAUGACAUGGAACAGCGAUGCUUUCAUCUGUGAGGUUGACGACGGCGAUACAACACCCGAAUUUACUGAGAUUUGGGAGGUGUAUGUGCCGUCCGACUUUGACGACACGCCAUCUCGCAAUGUGCAACCUUUAACAAUUUCUCUUCUGGAUAUCGCGCGGCCCGCCAAGGCCAAGGGCGUGGCCAAGGACUUUGAGGUUGUUCAAGGGGUAAAGCGCGUGAUAGCGCUGGAAGAGUCAGAUAUCGAUCCCACUGAACAGUGGGAGGACGACUGGGAGGAUCUGUAUGACGAUGACGUACAGCUCAAGUUCCUGCACGCCAGCAGAAUGUGGCCGAAUCAGCUAUCAAAGUUCGCUCUUUUGGCUGCUCAAUACUUGGUACCAUCCCGAUCAACUUCCACCUGUCUUUCAACAUCCACCACUCUAGAGCACCUUAUCGACUGCUUCCAUCCUUUCACAGUUCCGGAAAGAAAAUACCCCGACUACCCAUCCUACGACGCAGCACAGCCAAACGCUACUCAACGACAAGCGUGGUCAGACGUCAUAACAGCAGUCUUAAACGUGGAUGGAAACUGCUCUUCAAUCUUUAUACCUCCCUCUAUCAACACAAUAAUAUCCGUCGCGCCAUUCACCGACUCGUCCGGCACCGCUUUUUGCGUACUCUACGAAUCUAGCGUCGAAUCGGGACAUUACGCGAAAGGAUGGGGCCUCUUCGUCGUUCCCGAACUACGUGCGGACGUUUCACGUUCUAUCCAUUUCUCUGCUCCACAUCCAGGAUGGCCCGGUGGAGACGGGGACACCCCACAGCAAGCAGCUUCCUUGUUCAAGGCGACGGGCGCGAAGAGCCUGCUCAUCACUGGGAGGAAGCGGACGGCUUCAAUAUUGCCUUCUGACUGCGUUACUUCUAGUCAAGGUGGUCAGCAUUACUAUAUGACGGAUCCUACUCAUAGCAUCCGCGAACCGUUCUUUGAUGCGAACUUGGCCAUCAUAGGGUGGCAGAACGAGAAUGGGGGGUGCCCUGCCACGUCGUGUGCUUUCAUUCAAAUGCAUGGGAAAGCGCCGACAACCUGCCCUUCUGAACAAGUGUUUCUAUCCGCUGGUCUGGGACGUGGCAAGGCGUCCAUCGCAUGGUACACCAACGACAUUGAUCGUCCCGUCAAGCGUCUGAAGACACAACUCAUACGAUCCUUUUCUCAUUGGAACAUAUCUCUUCCUUCGGACGACAGUUGCCUCCUUGCAGCGACAAAGAAUGUUGUAGGGAGGUACCUCAACAAUGUUGACCCUUCACAUGUAUGCAAUCAGGGGGCCACUGCACGGGGUGCAUCUGGCAAGUUCAUCCAUAUUGAACAGGCUGAAGUCUCAGUGGACCCUGCAAACUACGGUCCAUGGGCGGCCGCUUUGAGGGAGACGUUCGCGACAACGUAUAAUGCUGGUAAAGCUGCGGAUGCGAUUUGA